UCCCGUUUUGCUUCUGGAAGAGAAGAGAAUCCUCCCCUGCGUAAGGACUAUGCUUCCCCAUCGCGCCCCGCCUGCUUAAGCAGCACUACCGUUAUAUUCCUCCUCCUCCUGUCGGGCUGGGGCGCAGGGCUUCUCCAGCGCCACUCUUCUCCCCUGAAGUAGAGGAUUUCCCCCCUUUCUCUCUCUUCUCCUGCACUUAUCAGUCUCCUGGAGGACCAGGCUGCGUGAACAAGUUUAUAAAUGGUGGAGGCCGUUGUGGAGUUUGACUACCAGGCCCAGCACGAUGACGAGUUGACCAUCGCCGUCGGCGAAAUCAUCAGCAACAUCAGGAAGGAUGAGGGGGGCUGGUGGGAGGGCGAGGUGGACGGCCGGAGGGGCCUGUUUCCAGACAACUUUGUCAGGGAGAUUAAGAAGGAGGUGAAGAAGGAGCCGAGUCUGGCCUCCCAAACGGCUGGACCCAAAUCCGACCUGUCCAAUGGCAGUGCCAGCCCUGGAUCAGAAUCCUGCCUCAGACCGGCCAAAAAAGGCGAGGCCAUCCGGAAGAGGCGCUGCAAAGCUGCCUUUAGCUACAUCCCACAGAAUGAAGACGAGCUCGAGCUCAAGAUUGGAGACGUCAUUGAGGUUCUGGGAGAGGUGGAGGAAGGCUGGUGGGAAGGCAGCCUCAAUGGCAAGACGGGAAUGUUCCCCUCCAACUUCACUAAGGAGAUUCUGGCCGAUGAAGAGGAUCUGGCAACCCCGCCGGAGGAUACCCGCAGCACAAAAACGAGUGUUAAGGACAGCACAGGCUCAGAGAGUGAUGGGGGAGACAGCAGCAGCGCCCGUUCGGAUGCAGGUAGUGUGGCCUCCAGCUCAGAGAUCCAGCCGAAGAAAGUGCGCGGCUUUGGCUUCGGAGACAUUUUCAAAGACCAGCCAAUCAAGCUUCGCCCACGAUCGAUGGAACUGGACAACGAGCUGGACAAGCAACCGACAGCUAAAAAACCAGCCCCAGCUGUUGCCCCGGAAACCAUGAAGACGGAGCCUGAGAACAAGGCCAAAGCAAAAGAGUUGUGCAAAGUGCUGUUCCCAUACGAUGCCCAAAAUGAGGAUGAGCUGUCAAUCAAGGAGGGAGAUAUUAUCACCAUUAUUAAUAAGGACUGUGCUGAUGCCGGUUGGUGGCUAGGUGAGCUGAACGGUAAAAAGGGUGUGUUUCCUGACAACUUUGUGAAGCUGUUCAUUCCUGAGACAGAAAAAGAGAGGCCUAAGAAACCACCUCCCCCAGCAGCACCGACAACUAAACACAUCACAGACAAAAAGCCGGAGGUUAAAAAGGUUCCCCCCGAGCGGCCGGAGACCCUUCCACAGCGAGCAGAGGAGAAAGGUGAAGAGAUAAAGUCAUCAGAGAUCCAGAAGCCAGCCUUUCCUCCCAAGAAGCCUUUGCCCCCAAAGAACAACAACUCAAUGAAUCGUCCUUCCUCACUGCCCCCCAAACGACCUGAACGGCCCGAGAGACCAGCUGUGCCCAGCAUCCAGUGUGAUAGUCCUGGUGUUACUCCAGAUCGGCCCUUUACAGACAAACCCAAUGAUGUAGAUGUGGACGACUUCGACUGCGUCAUCUCAUCCACAGAGAAGCUGUACCACCCCACAGCAUCCAGACCCCGCGUGAUGGACCGCCGGCCACGCUCACAGAUCUUCACGUCUUCCUCUCUCUCCAGUCCUGACCUCCUGGACUCCCCCUCUCCAGAGGAGGAGCGGAGAGAGAGGGAGAAGGGAAAGGAGGAGCAGGACUCGUUCACUCCCAAAUCUCUUGACAACUCCAGGAAGAUGCCCAAGGCAGUGCCUGUCAUAACAGUCCCUGAGAAGAGCUCUCUUCCUCCCAAGCCUUCGACCCUCUCCUCAUCUUCCGGCUCCACUGGGGCCCACCUCCAACCGGCCCAGACCAGCAGCGCUGCCCUGAGGCCCCACUCCCCCUCCGUGGAGGCCAAGGGGAAGGGCGAGCAGGGCCCCACGCUGGACGAGUUAAGAAACCAGCUCAGAGAGCUGCGGGCCACCGUGGAGCUGAUGAAGAGCCAGCACAAACAAGAGAUGAAGCAGCUGGUGAGCGAGCUGGAUGAGGAGAAAAGGAUUCGCUUAUCCCUGCAGAUGGAGGUAGAACACAUAAAGAAACUCCUGUCCAAAUGAACCCACUUUGCGCUGGAUGUACAACACCAACAUUUGGCUGAGGCUCGAAGCCGAACCCCAGCUGCGCAAAUCUGUGCCAAAAGAAUACAAAUGGAACAACAUAACCCAAGAACAACAGCAUAGAGAAAACAAACAACUGCUUCCCCCACUUCAGGCUUUACUCUUUUUGUUGGUCUGUUAUUUUUAUUUUAUUUUAUUAAAGCUUUUUUUUUUUGUAAUGCAUGGACUGAGCGCACAGACACAGUGCCUGGGCAAGGCCUCGCUGUGGGUCAUGUGACCCAGGACUUCUGGGCCACGAUGAUGGGCUGGUCCGCAGGACUAUUUUACAUCGGGGAGUAAACAAAUCGCCCUGACCGUUUUGGUGGUACUGCUUUCCAUAGCACUCAGUGCAUAAGCGACGUUGAAGGAGAAACUGGCGUUUGACUUCAGUACGGCUCACCUUAAGUUCUUUUCUUCGCCUCACCUUUGUGGCCUUUUGUUUUCAUUUUCAUUAUUCUUGUGGGCGUGUCUAACUGCAGUUAGCGCAGCAAUCCCACACUGAGGCCUUCUUUAUUUGGAAUAUUCUAAACUCAUAUCUUUUUUUUUCUGUCUUUUCAUCAGUGACGACAAUGAGAAAACACACGUUUUGUUUUCUUGAUGCUGUUACUUCUUUUGAGAAAGUCUUCUAUACAUACUUUUAUAUUUUAAUGUACUAAAAUGCAUUUAUGUGUGCAAAUUUUAUUAAAAAAAGAAUAUACCAAAAUGA